CUAGGGCCGCGCGCGUCACAGUUGCGCUAGUUCGUCCAAGGAAGUAUCAUUGCCAGCUUCCAGCGACAAACGACUCUCGCCGCUAUCAUCAAAUCUUCAUACAUCGCUCGUCGAUUAUUUGACUUUUUUGCUCUUUCUGACGCUUAACCUCUACCACCCAAACCAAAAUGCGUGAGUGUAUCUCAAUCCACGUUGGACAGGCUGGAGUUCAGAUUGGUAAUGCCUGCUGGGAGCUUUACUGCUUGGAGCAUGGCAUUCAGCCUGAUGGGCAGAUGCCAUCAGACAAAACCAUUGGAGGUGGCGAUGACAGCUUUAACACCUUCUUCAGUGAAACUGGUGCUGGCAAACAUGUGCCCAGAGCAGUCUUCAUUGAUUUGGAGCCCACUGUUGUUGAUGAGGUACGUACUGGUACAUACCGUCAGCUGUUCCAUCCCGAACAGUUGAUCACUGGCAAGGAAGAUGCCGCCAACAACUACGCCCGUGGCCACUACACCAUUGGCAAGGAAAUCGUCGACUUGGUGCUUGACAGAAUCCGCAAAUUGGCUGAUCAAUGCACAGGUCUUCAAGGUUUCUUGAUUUUCCAUUCCUUUGGUGGAGGUACUGGCUCAGGUUUCACAUCCUUGUUGAUGGAGAGGCUGUCAGUUGACUAUGGCAAGAAGUCCAAGUUGGAAUUCGCCAUCUACCCAGCUCCACAAGUCUCAACUGCAGUUGUUGAGCCAUACAACUCGAUCCUCACCACGCACACUACCCUGGAACAUUCCGAUUGCGCCUUCAUGGUCGACAAUGAAGCGAUCUACGACAUUUGCCGUCGUAAUUUGGAUAUCGAGCGCCCAACUUAUACCAAUCUGAAUCGUCUGAUUGGUCAGAUUGUUUCAUCCAUCACGGCUUCGCUCCGUUUUGAUGGUGCUCUCAACGUCGAUCUGACCGAGUUCCAAACCAACUUGGUGCCCUACCCCAGAAUCCACUUCCCACUGGUCACUUAUGCUCCAGUUAUCUCUGCCGAGAAAGCCUACCACGAGCAACUCUCGGUUGCUGAAAUCACCAACGCCUGCUUUGAACCCGCCAACCAGAUGGUCAAAUGUGACCCACGCCGUGGCAAGUACAUGGCCUGCUGUAUGUUGUACAGAGGAGACGUCGUACCAAAGGACGUCAACGCAGCCAUUGCCACCAUCAAGACCAAGAGAACCAUCCAGUUUGUCGAUUGGUGCCCAACUGGUUUCAAGGUCGGUAUCAACUACCAACCACCAACUGUCGUUCCUGGCGGUGACCUUGCUAAGGUUCAACGCGCUGUUUGCAUGUUGUCUAACACAACAGCCAUUGCUGAAGCUUGGGCCCGGCUUGAUCACAAGUUUGACUUGAUGUAUGCCAAGAGAGCUUUCGUUCACUGGUAUGUCGGUGAAGGUAUGGAGGAAGGUGAAUUCUCCGAGGCUCGUGAGGAUUUGGCUGCUCUGGAGAAAGACUACGAAGAAGUAGGCAUGGACUCCACCGAGGGCGAAGGCGAAGGUGCCGAAGAGUAUUAAACAUGAUCGCUUUGGUUUCAAAAGCGCAUAUUAAAAAUUUAUUUGAUCACAAUUUUUGCAAGGAAAUUUUUUACUUCAUUUACACUCGAGACAUUCUGUAUUUUUUAAAUUUGUUUCAAGUUUAAUAAAUAGAUUUUUCCGAGCAUAUCAUA